AUGCCUCGAGCUUCUACUUCCAGAACAAGGCCUCCUCCGUUAAGAAGAUCUUUACGACAUACCGGCCAAUCCCAAUCCCAAUCUCAUUCUCAAUCUCGACUCGAUUCCGAGCUGGGUGAUCAGCCAUCAUGGUUGAAUUCCCAGACACCACAAUCACAGGCGACUCAAGGCGUGGAAAACUCGUUCUUAUCAAUUUCCACAGCUCCUUUACCACCGAAGUAUAAGAUAACCCUUGCUCUUGGUCAAGAUAUUGUUCUAUCCGAUAAAGAAGAAAAAGAAGCUCAUGUACGGGGGGAAGAGCUUCUCUCCGAUGGAUGGAGAAGACACAACGAUCCGGAAGGAGAUCUGGAAGAUCUGAGAAAGAGGUUUAAACGGAAUGCUCACGUACAAAGCGAUCAACCUAUUUCUAAUCGUCAUAGUACACAGCUUAACGCAGAUGUGUUGUGGUAUACAGCAGGAUUGAGGUUCCCUUGCGUAUGUUCCUUGAAUAGAUUGAAAUAUGCUUAUACCCCAUCUUCGCUUCCUCCAAUAACAACUAGGCUGUCACAUCUCAACGCUUCGGUUGACGAAGCGAAUGUAGCAAGGGAGAUUGUUGAUAUCCCAGAAUGGUUUUCUUUGAGCGAUGAUAUCGACUUGGAUCCUUCGCUGGACACUAUCGAAUCAUUCGAAAUCACUUGGAAUAUCAAACCUCCUCUACCGUCAUCCAGUCAGAUAAGCGAUACGGGAACUGCAGUCGACAAUUCUCCCAAUGCAAGGCAGAUCGAAGAAAGCAGAUGGAGGAAAGGGAAAUUCAGAGCUAUCGAAGAACCAUUGUUACCUCUACCACCACCAAACGGGACCAAACUUCGGAACGGAGAAGGAAAUGUAGAAACACUGGGAAUCAUACUUCCUCCUUCUGAUGAGAUGCAAAUGGAUGUAGCAAAGAAAUUAAAUGGAUGGGAAGAAGAAAGUAAGAGACGUAAAGCUUAUUGGAGAAGGUUGAUAAGAGAUGAUGAUGGUUUUGGGAAGAUUUGGAAUUUCUUACCCUUACCAUAUAAUCAUUCGUCUCGAUACCUUCCUAAACCUACCAAGAAGAUAAAAAUAAUACCUAUACCCAAAUAUAAUCUACCACGAACAUACUCCACCUUUGAACAUCCGUUUCAUCCUGCUCUUUUGCGCUAUAUCUCAAUCGCUCCUUUUGCAAGAGUAUACUGGCUGCUACCUAUCCAUGGGCCGAUACUGAUUCCAACUCUCAAUCAUCCUAUGACAUCAAAUUUGUAUCCGAAUGCUACCAUACCUUCUAGCGGAAUGUUGUGCGACACACUCCUUGCUACAGUAUCGACGAAAAGCGCAAAACCAAUUCCGAUAAACUGGACCUCUACCCUUCUCCUCAAUUUCAUCGAACACUAUCUGUAUCCUCUAUAUAUGGAUGAUAAUCGACCUUUUGGAAUAAUCAGUUAUGUGUUCUCAGGGCCGAAACCAGAUCCAUUCAUCGAUCUUCCCACUCCACCUAUUGUACAAUCUCAUGCACACCUGCCAACCCCCAUAAAUGGCGAAGAGAAACAAAGGGAAAGAGAGAAGUAUUCGCAAGAUCAAAUGCAUAAUUCAUGUACCUCAAAACCUGUUAGGGCAGAAUCAGGAGAUCAUUUAAGGAUAUAUUGUAAUGCCAAAUACGCAUUAGAGUUAAGAACGUGGUUACAUAAUGUUAAAAUACCAGCGGUGUCAAUCUCAUCGAAAUCAGCAGUUCAGGAUGGAUUACCAGCUAUUAACGAGCAAGAAACGAUGAGAAUUUUCUAUAAGACUAGGUUGACCUUGGUUGGUGAAAAGGGAGAAGUAUUGAUUGUUGCUUAA